AGCCUCAGGUCUUCUGCUCUGAACGGGCACCACAGGAAUCCAUCCAAGAUGCAAGUACACCGGAUGAAGCUCCUCAUUGCCUCGGCGUGCACCUUCGUGUUCGCCAUUAUCUACGGCUGGAUUCUCUUUCCCAAAAUCCUAAAGCUUAUGAUCUCCAAGCAAGUCACUCUAAAGCCGGGAUCGGAUGUUCGGGAACUCUGGUCAAACACACCCUUUCCGCUGCACUUCUACAUCUAUGUUUUCAAUGUUACCAAUCCGGACGAGGUUGCCGAAGGUGGCAAACCGCGACUACAGGAAGUGGGUCCCUUUGUAUUCGAUGAGUGGAAAGACAAGUACGACUUGGAGGACGAUGUGGUGGAGGACACGGUCAGCUUCAACAUGCGCAAUACCUUUAUAUUCAACCAGAAGGAUUCACUUCCGCUCACGGGGGAAGAGGAAAUCAUUAUGCCGCAUCCCAUAUUGAUGCCUGCCGGCAUUACGGUUCAAAGGGAAAAGGCUGCCAUGAUGGAGCUGGUUUCCAGGGGAUUGGGCUUAGUUUUUCCGGAUGCCAAGGCCUUUUUUAAGGGCAAGUUCAUGGACAUCUUCUUCCGGGGAAUCGACGUGGAUUGCUCCCCGGAUGACUUUGCGGCCAAGGCACUCUGCACGGUUUUUUACACUGGCGAUGUUAAGCAGGCCAAACAAGUGAACCAGACACACUUUCUAAUGUCUUUCAUGGGACAGGCUAACCAUUCGGAUGCUGGACGAUUCACCGUUUGUCGCGGAGUGAAGAACAACAAGAAACUGGGCAAGGUUGUGAAAUUUGACAAUGAGCCGGAGCAGGACAUUUGGCCGGAUGGGGAGUGCAACACUUUCGUUGGCACCGACUCUACAGUAUUCGCGCCCGGCUUGAAGAAGGAAGACGGCCUGUGGGCAUUCACUCCAGACUUGUGCCGCUCCCUGGGUGCUUAUUACCAGCGAAAGUCGUCUUACCAUGGAAUGCCAUCGAUGAGGUACACUCUGGACAUGGGUGAUAUACGGUCGGACGAGAGACUGCAUUGUUUCUGCGAUGAUCCCGAGGACCUGGACACCUGCCCUCCGAAGGGAACUAUGAAUCUGGCCCCCUGUGUAGGCGGGCCCUUAUUCGCCUCCAUGCCGCACUUUUACUUAGCCGAUCCCAAGUUACUGGCUGCUGUCGAUGGUCUUAACCCCAACGAGAAGGACCACGCGGUCUACAUUGACUUUGAAUUGAUGUCCGGAACUCCUUUCCAGGCUGCCAAGCGGCUGCAGUUCAACAUGGACAUGGAGCCAGUGGAGGGCAUUGAGCCCCUGAAGAAUCUCCCCAAGCUUGUGUUGCCUCUGUUUUGGGUGGAGGAGGGUGUCCAUCUCAACAAGACCUAUACUAACCUGGUCAAGUACACGCUCUUUUUAGGCCUAAAGAUUAACUCUGGACUGCGUUGGUCCCUGGUCACCCUGUCCCUGGUGGGCCUGAUGUCAGCCUGCUAUCUUUUCUACCAGAACUCGGAUAGCCUGGACAUUACGAUGCCGCCCAAAAUCAUCAAGGAGAACAACAAGGUGGAUGAUAUGAGCAAAGCGAAGGAGUCGCCGCCUGAAGCCAAUCCCAAGACUGCCCCAACCACUAUACCCACAAAUCCAGGGACCAAUAACUUGAUUCCGGGCACCAACCUGCACAGCCUCAGGAUGGAGAAGCGAGAACGGGAGCGAUACUAGCUCGGGAGGUUACCUCUCAUCAAAUAGCAUUAUACGUAGACGUAGGCACGUGCACCUGUGUAGUCCAACUUGCGAUAAUAAAAUGAGACAGA